CAAUAUGGAAGUAGGAGGUUACUGUUUAUUGAUGUGUUGAAUUACUUUCCAGCUUCGGUUGGCCAUGGAUAAUCACAGCGUUCUGUGCUCAUUACUUUGAUAUUAGGUGAUCUUGUGAAUUAUAACUAUGAAGCCAGCAGUUGAUUUUAAAGAAUGUCUGAAGGAUUCCCCCAAAUUCCGGGCAUCUUUGGAGGAGGCUGAGUCGGACAUCGAGGCCCUGGAAGCUCGACUAGAGCGGCUGGUGAAACUAUGCACAACUAUGAUAGAGACGGGCAAGAACUUCAACAAUGCAACCGGGGGAUUCAUCACAGGUGUCCGAGAUCUGGCAUCAUAUUUCCACGAUGACAAUUUGGUGUCGGAUGAUAGCAAAGUGUCAGCGUCACUUAAUCGGUUUGCUCAUGCCAUGACCGAGAUGCUCAAAUAUUUCACAAUACUCAUGGACCAGGCUCAUCGAUCUGUGUGCAAAAAUCUCAACAAUUUCAUCAAAAAUGACAUCAAGAAAGCCAAGGAGACAAAGAAACAUUUUGAGAAGAUUAGUGACGAUAUGGACAAUGCAUUGUUACGGAAUGCCCAGGCCUUGAAGAGCAAGCCCCAGGAGUGCGAGGAGUCCCACAACACACUGACAGCCAUGAGGUCCUGCUUCGCCCACACCUCGCUCGACUACGUGUUCCAGAUCAAUGUUCUGCAUUCGAAGAAGAGGUUUGAAGUACUAGACACAAUGCUGUCCUUUAUGCACGCACAAAACACAUUCUUCCACCAGGGAGAUGACCUGUUCAGUGAUUUGGAAAAGUACAUGAAAGAUGUUGCUACACAGGUGGAAGAGUUGAGUUCUAAAGCCAAGGUGGAGCGGAAGGAGAUGGAAGAACGCCACACACUCGUACAGAAAAUGACAGAUUCACGAGAGGAGAAAGUGAAAUCAACCUUCUACACAGAAGAAAUCCCAGAGAACAGUGCCCAGCAAGAAGAAUCGGACAAGAUGGAGGGCUACCUGUUCAAGAGAACGACAAAUGCAUUUCGGACAUGGGUCAGGCGGUGGUUCAGCAUCGAGACCCGUCAGCUGGUGUACCGGAAGCGCUCCAAGGACUCCCAGACUGUGAUGGAGGAUGACCUGAGGCUCUGUUCCAUCAAGCCCAUCAUGGACACCGACAGACGCUUCUGCUUUGAGGUCCUCUCUCCCACCAGGAGCCACGUGCUGCAGGCUGACUCCGACACCCAGUGCCUCCUGUGGAUCAACUCUAUACAGUUCAGUAUUAACAAGGCUUACAGGGAGACACUCAACGCACAGGAUUCAGUUGUGAGUGAUGAAGAAGGUUUGGACAACAAUGCAGUUCUGAACGGUGCUGCCUCGAAUGACGUCAGUGCCAUGAGGUCUCCCCUACAACCCAAACAGACUAAGGUCCAGGUUCGGAUGGAGCAGCUGUUCUCGGUGCCAGGCAACGACCGAUGCUGUGACUGCGGAUCCCCAGAACCUCGGUGGGCCAGCAUCAACCUCGGCAUCACGCUGUGUAUAGAGUGUUCCGGCAUUCACAGGAGUUUUGGGGUUCAUCUGUCAAAAGUUCGGUCCAUCACCCUGGAUGCCUGGGAACCAGAGCUCAUCAAGGUGAUGGUGGAGAUCGGCAACGAGGCUGUGAAUCGAGUAUUUGAGGCCAAGGUGGAUGAGUCCGUGGCCAAACGAGCAACAGCUGAAUCGAACAGAACAAUCCGAGAAGCGUGGAUUCGAGCGAAGUAUGUCCAGAAGGCGUUUGUCAAUCAUCUUCCGGACACAAAGACAACAGCGGGGAACAAGAUCAGGAGCUGGAGUGUACGGAAAAAGACGCGGAAAUCUCCGGCCAGGUCUGCAGCUAAGGAAGAUUCCAAGGAAGAUUCCAAGGAAGAUUCUGUGUCCGACUCCGAGGAUGUCACAAGUGGGCUCAUGGAAGCGGUACUGUCGGUGUCCAACACAAAUAAGGACACAGACAGUGGGAAUGGCGGCAGCUCCUCCGAUGUUAUUGUGUUUGGUACUGACAUCCAAACAUCCACGGAGUUCAAUAAGAUUUCAUUCAGUACUGAGCUGGGUUUGGAAAGUUCGGAGGAGUCCGCGACGGAAGCAGAUGAAGUUGAAGACCGGCGGUCCACGACGUCCUGGGAGGACAUGAGUAAACUGGACCCCAACCUGCUGCUGUACAAGGCUGCGGAGGCUCGGAACCUCCCCGUCAUGGCGGAGGCUCUCGCACACGGAGCGGACAUCAACUGGUUGAACAAGGACGAUGAGAUGAAAUCACCGAUAUUCAAGGCAGUAGAGACGGGGUCUCUGGCGGCCUGUGAGUUCCUGCUGCUGAACGGAGCCAAGCUGGACAAGAAAGACAGCCAGGGUCAGACACCACUCCACCUCGCCACGGUGCACGGACACACAGGACAAGUGUGUCAGUUCUUAAAGCGAGGAGCCAAUCAGAAGGCACAAGAUAACAACGGAAAGGAUCCACUGGCUAUAGCCAUUGCCAACGCAAAUGCAGAUAUAGUUACACUCCUGCGCCUGGCCAAGCUGAACGAGGAGAUGAAGGACGAUGCCUACAGCGGGAACCCCGGUGAUGAGAGCAGCACUUUCAACGAUGUCUUCCGUGAUUUCACCAACAUGGCAUCGAACAACCCCGAGAAGUUAAAGCGGAAAUAACUUCCUGUCUUUCACUCCAUGUCUCACGAGGACAAAGUUGUAGAAGAUCACACGACACAAUGGCUGUAAACAGAUCGUGUAAUCUAUUUAUGUUGUUAAGUUAGACAAAGAAAUCUUAACAUGACUCAAGUUAUGUUAAAGAACGAAUAUUGUUUUGUUUGAAUCAGGGAUGUCAGAUGCUGUCAAACCUUGAGGAACUAAGGAGUAUACAGUCAAGUCCCGUUAAUCUGACAUGGUUGGUUGCAUACGAUUAUGUUGGAGUAACAAGUAUGUCGGAUAAACGAAAUUAAGUAGUAACACAUUCGUGAU